AUGGAGAAGAAGGGUGUCAAGAAGGAGGAAGCAGUUGGAUCCUCUUCGUUUGGGGAUUAUAAUUCAAACGGCUUCCCACUUUCGAGUGUCUUUGAUUUUCAUGAAGUGGAAAAGAGCUCUCUAGGGUUUAUGGAGUUACUGGGUGUGCAGGAGCAGGACUAUGGUUCCUUUGAUUUGCCCCCGCAACUAUUUCCUUCCGACCUCAAAAAUCGAUGUGCCGCUGCAAAAAACUACUGCGAGCCGUUGAAUCAACAGCCUGCCACUCCAAACUCUUCAUCCAUUUCAUCUGCGUCCAGUGAGGCACUGAUUGAUGAACACACUAAAACUGUAGAUCAACGAGGAGAUGAACAACCAAAGACCAAGAACCAGUUGAAGGCCAAGAAGACAAGUCAGAAGAAACAGAGGGAACCGAGAUUCGCGUUCAUGACGAAAAGCGAGGUCGAUCAUCUGGAUGAUGGGUACAGAUGGAGAAAGUACGGUCAAAAAGCCGUGAAGAACAGCCCCUUUCCCAGAAGCUACUACCGUUGCACCAGUGCUUCAUGUAAUGUGAAGAAACGAGUGGAACGAUCCUUCACUGAUCCAAGCAUUGUUGUCACGACCUAUGAAGGCCAACACACACAUACAAGCCCACUCAUGCCUCGUUCGACUCUUGCCGGAGCUUUGGUACCAGCGGUGGUCUCCGCCGGAUGUGGUUCAGCUGCAACGCCGGGAAACUUAUUAUCCCCGCAGUAUCAUGAGCAGCUCCAACAUCAUAAUGAUCACCAAUUCCUAGCGAACACAUUGUCGUCUUUGGGUUUUCCUCGCAUUUGUGGUUCAAAGAGUAGUAUCGCCGCUUUCCUCAAGAGAGGAUGCCUUGUAAUCCAGGGACCAAUGCUUUUUUAAGGGACCAUGGGCUUCUCCAAGAUAUCAUUCCUUCCCAUAUGUUGAAAGAAGAGUAGACAGACCAUCAAUCCUUAAUUAACUGCGUGAUCAUGCAAAUUCUUUGUAAUGAUGACGUUAAUUUAAUUUAUAAUAGACUUAGACGUGAACUCCAGUACUCCUGCUAGUUAAUUAAUUAUAUGUAAAACCCAAUGUUUUGCGCAUAGCCCUCGUGUUUAUCAUUUACUGUAUGCUAUGUUGCUUGGAUUUUUAACCA